GCAAUGAUUACUCAAGCUGUCAAAAUUUCUGAAAACCUCGGUCCGAUUUUGGCGAUUUCGUAAAUUUUUAUCAAGAAAUGCUUAUGCAAUGAGCGAUGGUCGCCCUGUUAGUGGUCAAUUGAAGAAGUUUGUGUUUCGGGGCAAAUCAUUGUCCAACGGCGACACUCGAGGUGAAUACUUGGAGAUAAUAAUUCCGGAGUUGCUCUCCGCCGGCUACUCCUUUUACACGUGGCCUUCUGCGCCUCUUCUCGCCUGGUAUUUGUGGACGCAGCGUCGUCAUUUGCGUGGAUUGCGCGUGCUGGAGCUCGGCUGCGGCACAGGUCUUCCGGGGUUACUGGCAGCCAAGUGUGGCGCACGAGUCACGCUCACCGACUCCGUCGCACUUCCGAGAUCGCUCAGGCAUCUCUCAGCGUGUUGCGAGGCCAACGGUCUAGUCCCCGGACGUGACCUGCAAAUUUUAGGCCUCGCUUGGGGUCUAUUUCUCACCGAAGUUCACAAUUUGCGCCCUGUUGACCUGUUGUUAGCUUCAGACUGUUUUUACGAGCCUUCUCAGUUCGAAGAAGUGUUGUCAACUGUAGCCUACCUUCUAGACGGCACUGACGCUAGAUUUUUGUGUGCUUACCAGGAACGCAGUGCUGAUUGGUCCAUCGAGGCUUUGCUGAAGAAGUGGGGACUGAAAGGCGCUCUACUAGACUUGGACUCGUUGAGUGAGAGCUCCGGUUGUAGUACAUUAGAAAUGGCAGAAGCUCUUCCAGAAUAUCCCGAUUCAGACUUUUCUGAUGAUGACCAGUCACCUCUAGACAAGGCAUUCAGUGAUGCAGCCGACCACUUACGGAAGAUUACAAGCAGACUUGACAACAACCAGCUUCUGGAGCUCUAUGGACUUUAUAAGCAAGGCCUGGAAGGCAAAUGCAACACCCCAAAGCCAGGUUGGCUAGAUGGCCGAGGUCGCCGGAAAUGGGAAGCUUGGAGAUCCCUUGGUGACAUGCCCACUGAAGUGGCAAAACAAAAGUAUGUUGAUCUUCUGCAAAAACUUGAUCCAGAUUGGUCUGAAGCAGGCAUGUCACAGCAACCAGGGCCAAAAGAGGCAUGGGUCGCCGUGUCAUCAUUACGAUACUCUCCAGAGCCAGAUUUAAUUCAAAAUGAGCUGAGCUUGCUUGAAGCGGCGCGGGAGAACUGCGGAGAUCGUAUAGCAGAGUUGUUAUCCCAAAAUCCAGAGUUAAGGCAUGAAAGAGAUGAUGAUGGUUUAACAGCCCUGCACUGGGCAGCUGACAGGGAUGCUACUGACGCUUUAAGAGCUGCUAUAAAGGGUGGAUGUGUUCUUGAUGCUGUAGAUGAAUCUGGUCAGACCGCCUUACAUUACGCAGCAUCCUGUGGCCAUUUGAAAUCUACACAAAUUCUUGUAGAUGCUGGUGCUUCUAUGCUAAAAGAUGAAGAUGACUGUACGCCCCUAGACGUAGCCGCUGACAAUGAUAUCAGAAAGGUUUUGGGAGGUGCUAGUUAGUUUACAAGAUGCUUCGUGCCAUCUUGAGUUAGAAUUAAAUUUGAGUUCAAUGUAGUUGUAUGUAUACAGUUUGGUAUGGGAAUAAAAUUUUUCCACUGA